AUGGCGCUUGUCGGUGUUAAUAUUGUAUGUCUUCUCGUUUUAAUAUCGUCUGCAGUUUGCAUUGCCGAUGAAAAAUGCUAUUCGUUUGCAGGUGGACAGGUUUAUCCCCAAGAAGACAGAAGAUUGUCUGGACAUACCAUCCAAUGGAGUAAAGCUAUAAUUUCCAAGCCUGCUCCUGACUGGAAUGGCACAGCAGUUAUUAAUGGCAAAUUUGAAGAGAUUGGUCUCCGAACUUUUAAAGGGAAAUAUCUUGUAUUCUUCUUUUAUCCUCUGGAUUUCACUUUUGUCUGUCCAACAGAAAUCAUUGCAUUCAGUGACCGAAUUGAAGAAUUCAAAGGUUUGAACACCGAAGUUGUUGCUUGUUCUGUUGAUUCUCAGUUUACUCAUUUGGCUUGGUUGAAUACACCAAGAAACAAAGGUGGGUUGGGCCAUCUGAAAAUUCCUCUUUUAUCAGACAUCACACAUGAGAUUUCCAAAGCCUACGGCGUCUAUUUACAGAAUCUGGGACACAGUUUACGUGGCCUCUUUAUCAUUGAUACCAAGGGUAUAUUACGGCAGAUCACUAUGAAUGACUUGCCAGUUGGUCGUUCAGUUGAUGAAACAUUACGUCUUGUUCAAGCUUUUCAGUAUACAGACAGUCAUGGAGAAGUGUGCCCAGCUGGUUGGAAACCAGGAGCUGAUACGAUUAUUCCUGAUCCAAAAGACAAGUUGAAAUAUUUUGAAAAAGCCAACAGUUAA